AUGGGAAGUGAAGGGCACUAGCGCUUCCACUGGCAGAGCCACAACGUGAAGCAGAGCGGCGUGGACGACAUGGUGCUCCUUCCCCAGAUCACCGAAGACGCCAUUGCCGCCAACCUGCGGAAGCGCUUCAUGGACGACUACAUCUUCACCUACAUCGGCUCUGUGCUCAUCUCCGUAAACCCCUUCAAGCAGAUGCCCUACUUCACCGACCGUGAGAUCGACCUCUACCAGGGCGCGGCCCAGUAUGAGAAUCCCCCGCACAUCUACGCCCUCACGGACAACAUGUACCGGAACAUGCUUAUCGACUGUGAGAACCAAUGUGUCAUCAUUAGUGGAGAGAGUGGAGCUGGGAAGACAGUGGCAGCUAAAUACAUCAUGGGCUACAUCUCCAAGGUGUCUGGCGGAGGCAACAAGGUCCAGCAUGUCAAAGAUAUCAUCCUGCAGUCCAACCCGCUGCUCGAGGCUUUCGGCAACGCCAAGACUGUGCGCAACAAUAAUUCCAGCCGCUUUGGCAAGUACUUUGAGAUCCAGUUCAGCCGAGGUGGGGAGCCGGAUGGGGGCAAGAUCUCCAACUUCUUGCUGGAGAAGUCCCGCGUGGUCAUGCAGAAUGAAAAUGAGAGGAACUUCCACAUCUACUACCAGCUGCUGGAAGGGGCCUCCCAGGAGCAAAGGCAGAACCUGGGCCUCAUGACACCAGACUACUAUUACUACCUCAACCAAUCGGACACCUACCAGGUGGACGGCACCGACGACAGAAGCGACUUUGGUGAGACUCUGAGCGCCAUGCAGGUCAUUGGGAUCCCGCCCAGCAUCCAGCAGCUGGUCCUGCAGCUGGUGGCGGGGAUCUUGCACCUAGGGAACAUCAGUUUCUGUGAAGACGGGAAUUACGCCCGAGUGGAGAGUGUGGACCUCCUGGCCUUUCCCGCCUACCUGCUGGGCAUUGACAGUGGGCGACUGCAGGAGAAGCUGACCAGCCGCAAGAUGGACAGCCGCUGGGGCGGGCGCAGCGAGUCCAUCGAUGUGACCCUCAACGUGGAGCAGGCAGCCUACACCCGCGACGCCCUGGCCAAGGGGCUCUAUGCCCGCCUCUUCGACUUCCUUGUGGAGGCCAUCAACCGUGCUAUGCAAAAACCCCAGGAAGAGUACAGCAUCGGUGUGCUGGACAUUUAUGGCUUCGAGAUCUUCCAGAAAAAUGGCUUCGAGCAGUUUUGCAUCAACUUCGUCAACGAGAAGCUGCAGCAAAUCUUUAUCGAACUCACCCUGAAGGCCGAGCAGGAGGAGUACGUACAGGAAGGCAUCCGCUGGACUCCAAUCCAGUACUUCAACAACAAGGUCGUCUGUGACCUCAUCGAAAACAAGCUGAGCCCCCCAGGCAUCAUGAGCGUCUUGGACGACGUGUGUGCCACCAUGCACGCCACAGGCGGGGGAGCAGACCAGACACUGCUGCAGAAGUUGCAGGCGGCCGUGGGCACCCACGAGCAUUUCAACAGCUGGAGCGCCGGCUUCGUCAUCCACCACUACGCUGGCAAGGUCUCCUACGAUGUCAGCGGCUUCUGCGAGAGGAACCGAGACGUUCUCUUCUCUGACCUCAUAGAGCUGAUGCAGACCAGUGAGCAGAAACAAGCCAAUGACCUGGUGGCCACGCUGAUGAGGUGCACACCCCACUACAUCCGCUGCAUCAAACCCAACGAGACCAAGAGGCCCCGAGACUGGGAGGAGAACAGGGUCAAGCACCAGGUGGAAUACCUGGGCCUGAAGGAGAACAUCAGGGUGCGCAGAGCCGGCUUUGCCUACCGCCGCCAAUUCGCCAAGUUCCUGCAGAGGUAUGCCAUUCUGACCCCUGAGACGUGGCCGCGGUGGCGUGGGGACGAACGCCAGGGCGUCCAGCAUCUGCUUCGGGCGGUCAACAUGGAGCCCGACCAGUACCAGAUGGGGAGCACUAAGGUCUUUGUCAAGAACCCAGAGUCGCUUUUCCUCCUGGAGGAGGUGCGAGAGCGAAAGUUCGACGGCUUUGCCCGAACCAUCCAGAAGGCCUGGCGGCGCCACGUGGCUGUCCGGAAGUAUGAGGAGAUGCGGGAGGAAGCUUCCAACAUCCUGCUGAACAAGAAGGAGCGGAGGCGCAACAGCAUCAACCGGAACUUCGUCGGGGACUACCUGGGGCUGGAGGAGCGGCCCGAGCUGCGUCAGUUCCUGGGCAAGAGGGAGCGGGUGGACUUCGCCGACUCGGUCACCAAGUACGACCGCCGCUUCAAGCCCAUCAAGCGGGACUUGAUCCUGACGCCCAAGUGUGUGUAUGUGAUUGGGCGAGAGAAGGUGAAGAAGGGACCCGAGAAAGGCCAAGUGCGUGAAGUCUUGAAGAAGAAGCUGGACAUCCAGGCUCUGCGGGGAGUCUCCCUCAGCACGCGACAGGACGACUUCUUCGUCCUCCAAGAGGACGCCGUCGACAGCUUCCUGGAGAGCGUCUUCAAGACCGAGUUCGUCAGCCUUCUGUGCAAGCGCUUCGAGGAGGCGACUCGGAGGCCCCUGCCCCUCACCUUCAGCGACACACUACAGUUCCGGGUGAAGAAGGAGGGCUGGGGCGGUGGCGGCACCCGCAGCGUCACCUUCUCCCGCGGCUCCGGCGACUUGCCGGUGCUCAAGGUUGGCGGUCGGACCCUCACCGUCAGCGUUGGCGAUGGGCUGCCCAAGAGCUCCAAGCCUACGCGGAAGGGAAUGGCCAAGGGAAGACCUCGGAGGUCGUCCCAGGCCCCUCCCCGGGGGGCCCCUACCCGGGCGGCCCCUGGGCCCCCGAGAGGCAUGGAUCGCAAUGGGGUGCCCCCCUCUGCCAGAGGGGGCCCCCUGCCUCUGGAGAUCAUGUCUGGAGGGAGCUCCCACCGGCCUCCCCGGGGCCCUCCGUCCACAUCCCUGGGAGCCAGCAGACGACCCCGGGCACAGCUGCCCUCAGAGCACAACACAGAAUUCCUCAACGUGCCUGACCAGGGCAUGGCCGGCAUGCAGAGGAAGCGCAGUGUGGGGCAACGGCCAGUGCCUGGUGUGGGCCGACCCAAGCCCCAGCCUCGGACACAUGGCCCCAGGUGCCGGGCGCUAUACCAGUAUGUGGGCCAAGAUGUGGACGAGCUGAGCUUCAAUGUGAACGAGGUCAUCGAGAUCCUCAUGGAAGAUUCCUCGGGCUGGUGGAAGGGCCGGCUUCACGGCCAGGAGGGCCUUUUCCCAGGAAACUACGUGGAGAAGAUCUGAGCUGGGUCCUGGGAUUCUGCCUUUUCUUUUGCCCGCCUGUCUACCUGCCUGCCUGGUGGGGAGCCAGGCCCUGCCAAUGAAAGCCUCGUUUACCUGGGCUGCAAUGAACUAAAAGUCCAGUCCUGUGGCCUCCAGUCCUGCCCAGGCCCUGGGUCUGUGAGUCACUGCUGCAGCCCCCACCCCUGGGCCCUGGUCUUCCCCCAACAUCACACCCGCUGCCCAUUCUCCACUUCUGCGUGUGUCAAACGGGACUAACAGCAGAAUCUACCUCCCAACUGCCAUGUGAUUAAGAAAUGAGUCUUGAGUCCUGUGCUGUUGGCAAAGUGCCAGGCACAGUUGGGGGGAGGGGUCAUUGACAAGCAUGACUUUGCUCAUUCUGUCAUCACUAAGGCAAUAAAUGUUUGCCAGGUGAAA